CUGGGCGGCGAGGAGGCGGUGCGGGAGCUCCGCCGGGCUCUGUCCAACCCGCACGUGCAGGCGGAUCGGUUGCGGUACCGCGCCGCCGUCCUGCGCGUCAUCCGGCACAUGGCGCAGGGCGCGGACGUGUCGGGGCUGUUCCCGGAGAUGGUGAAGGCCAGCGCGGCCGCCGACGUGGUGCAGAAGAAGCUGGUGUCGCUGUACGUGCGGGCGCAGGCCCCGCGGCAGCCGCAGCUGGCGCUGCUGGCCGUCAACACCCUGCGCAAGGACUGCAGCCACCCCAGCCCCGCCGUGCGGGGGCUCGCCCUCCGCAGCAUGUGCGGGCUCAGGAUGCCUGGUAUCCAGGAGUACCUGCAGCAGCCCCUCCUCAACGGGCUGCGGGACAAGGCCUCCUACGUGCGGAGAGCGGCCGUGCUGGGCUGUGCCAAGAUGGUGAAGCUACAAGGGGACUCCGAAGUGGAUGGUGCCUUGGUGAACGAGCUGUACAGUUUGCUUCGUGAUCAGGAUCCCAUUGUAGUCGUGAAUUGUCUGAGGGCCUUAGAAGAGAUCCUGAAGAAGGAGGGAGGAGUUGUCAUCAACAAACCCAUUGCCCACCAUCUCCUCAACAGGAUGGUGGACCUGGAUCAGUGGGGGCAGAGUGAGGUGCUCGCCUUCCUUCUGCGCUACAGGCCCCGCAGCGAGGAGGAGCUCUUCGACAUACUCAAUUUGCUGGAUGGCUAUCUCAAAAGCAGCAGCCCCAGCGUUGUGAUGGCAGCCACCAAGCUUUUCCUGGUGCUGGCCAAGGAGUACCCCCACGUGCAGGCAGACGUUUUGGUGAGGGUGAAGGGGCCGCUGCUGUCGGCCUGCACCUCCGAGAGCAGGGAGCUCUGCUUCACUGCGCUCUGCCACGUGCGUCAGAUCCUUGGGAGCCUUCCUGGCCAUUUUAGCAGCCACUACAAAAAGUUCUUCUGUUCGUAUUCAGAGCCCCACUACAUCAAAUGCCAGAAGAUGGAGGUGUUGUGUGAGCUGGUGAACGAUGAGAACGUACAGCAGGUGCUGGAGGAGCUGAAGGGCUAUUGCACCGAUGUCUCGGUAGAGCUCGCCCAAGGGGCCAUCUUUGCCAUAGGCAAUAUUGCCCGGACCUACACAGAGCAGUGUGUGGGGAUUCUGACAGAGCUGCUGGGGCUGCAGCAGGAGCACAUCACUUCAGCAGUGGUACAGGCUUUCCGGGACCUGGUCUGGCUGUGUCCGCAGUGCACGGGUGCAGUGUGUCGGGCACUGCCUGGCUGUGAGGACGCCAUCCAGGACAGCGAGGGCAAACAAGCACUGAUCUGGCUCCUGGGUGCACACGGCGAGAAGGUACCCAAUGCCCCCUAUGUUUUGGAGGAGUUUGUGGAGAACGUGAAGUCGGAGAUGUUCCCAGCAGUGAAGAUGGAGCUUCUGACAGCCCUGGUGCGACUCUUCCUGUCUCGUCCUGCCGAGUGUCAGGACAUGCUCGGGAGGCUGCUCUAUUACUGCAUAGAGGAGGAGAUGGAUAUGGCAGUACGAGACCGUGGGUUGUUCUACUAUCGCCUUUUGCAGUCGGGUGUGGAAGAGGUGAAACGGGUCCUGUGUGGCCCCACUUCUGACCCCUCUCUGGGGCUCCUGGAAGACCAAACUGAGCGACCUGUGAAUACAUGGGCUUCAGAGUUUAAUACCCUUGCACCGGUUUAUGGCAGAGAACGCUGGGCACUUGUCGCUGCUCAUGAGCCCCCAGAACCCUCUUACGCUUAUUCUCCUUGUACUGACUCCAGGAACAGAGACACAGAGUCGCUGAUUUCUGAAGGGAAUGAAGAUGUCCUCAAAGUUCAUCCUGAUACAGGCAGCCUGACCUUAAUUCCUGAUGUUCACCUGACAGCAGAACAGUUUGAGAAGACCUGGCUGAGCUUGGACAUGAGCUGCCGCCUCUCUCUGCCCUGGCGCGGGGCUGUUUACCCCGAUGCCGUACAGACGGCCCUUCACGUUGUCCACAUCCAGACUAUUGCUAUGAGCAAAGCUGGUGUCCAGCCCUGGAAAGCUUAUCUCGGGGCUCAGGAUGACACAGGAUGCCUCUUCCUAACGGAGCUGCUGCUGGAGGAGGAGGAUGCGGGGAUGCAGGUUUCGGUGAAGCAGAGCGAGGCGAGGCCGGAGGCGCUGCAGGCCUUCGUGUCGGUGCUGAGGACCGUCAUGGGGACAGUUGCUGGACUGGGGUCCUGAACGCUCCCUGCUCCCAGUGGGAUGUUGCUGGGGGCACAGGAAGCGUUUUUCUCUGGCUUCACUUGCUGUAUGUGAUGCUGGGUUUGUACUGUUAACACUGCCGGAGUGUUUGCCCCUUCCUGGGCUGGGCCGAGGGAGCAGAGCGACGGGGGCGGCUGCAGCCUGGACGGGGCAGGGUGAGGGGUCUGUCCUCCCUCCAGGCUGGGAAGGGACAAGGGAACGUGUUCCUGAGCCCGCUGCUGCUGGCGUGACACACGGGAGUGGUGGCAUCUAUGGUGAUUGUCACAACCUGUACGGAAUAUUACAUUUUUGCUGAUGCUGAUUUUUACCGUUUGUUACUUUGUGACUAGAAAGGGUAUUUAAGGGUUUGUUUUCUGCGUCGUACUUAUUUCUGUGCGGUUCUGUCGCCCUGUCCUCGCAGUACAGUACGCGGGACGGGGCACUGCUGCGUGACUAAAUUUUUGCAGUAAAUUUUUAAAGUUACACUCUGGCCAGCCAUGGGACUCGUUUUGUGAAGAGUGUGUCGACAGCACUCCCUCUGCUCCGCUGAAAGUCAUGGGGAGUCGGACUUUGUACAGCGUCAUGGGAAGUGUCCUCGUCACAGCCACGUUUGACAGAGUGGCAGAGCCUGAGGAAGACUCCGUGGCUGAGGCUGCAGCCACCGGUCACGGUAACGGGGCUUUAUGUUGUGCCCCAAGGAGUGCCUUUGUUAACCCUGUUCUGUAAGACUUACUGUAAUUGAAAAUCUAUUUUAAUGACUGUUGUACCUCUAAAUUGCAAUAUGCCUUCCAUGCACUUGGCUGAAACACUGCUGCUACUGUUAAACAACAGGUUUUAGGUUUUAUUUCUGAACUUCCUAAUAAAGAUGUGAAUCAUUCCUUGUUGGUUCAACUCUGAA